CCUCCCUGAUCCACUUACACACACACCCCACAGCAUAUGCACAGAUACACACACUGGCACACACCGGCACACACACACGUACAUCAGCACAGGUGCACACAUAGGCACAAGGACACACACAGGUACACACCCACAGUACACACACAGGUACACACACAGCACGCACACACAGUACACACACAGUACACACACAGGUACACACCCACAGUACACACACAGGCACACACACACAGCGCACACACAGUACACACACACAGUACACACACACAGUACACACACAGGUACACACACACAGUACACACACAGGUACACACACAGGUACACACCCACAGUACACACACACAGUACACACACACAGUACAAACACAGUACACACACAGGUACACAUGGAUAGAUGCACACAUAGGCACAAGGACACACACAGGUACACACCCACAGUACACACACAGGCACACACACACAGUACACACAGGUACACACCCACAGUACACACACAGGUACACACACACAGUACACACACAGGUACACACACACAGCACACACACAGGUAUACACACACAGUACACACACAGGUACACACACACAGUACACACACAGGUACACACACAGGUACACACCCACAGUACACACACACAGUACACACACAGGUACACACACACAGUACACACACAGGUACACAUGGAUAGGUGCAUACAUAGGCACAAGGACACACACAGGUACACACCCACAGCACACACACAGUACACACCCACAGUACACACACAGGUACACACCCACAGUACACACACAGGUACACACACACAGCACACACACAGGUACACACACACAGUACACACACAGGUACACACCCACAGCACACACACAGUACACACACACACAGCCAGCACAGAGGCACAUGCUGAGGUACACAGUGGUACACACGUAGGUGAAUACAUAGGGACAAUUACAUGCACAGGCACACACACACGUGCACACACAGUUGUAAACACACACAGCACAGCCAGCACAGAGGCACACACAUAGGUAUACACUGCACACACACACAGGUACACGUGGAUAGAUAGGUGCAUACACAGGCACAAGGACACACACAGGUACACACUGGUCCACACCAGACCCAUCCCCACGACAGGGUGCCGAGUGACCCUGGCUGGGCACCCAGCAGGACAGGAAGUCCUGCAGAGCCCAGCCCCCACGGUCCCAGAUCUGAAGCCCCCCACGACUCCGGGACCCCUCACUCAUGCCAAGCCUGCCAAGGCCGGGGGGAGUGGCGUGGCUUUGACCCCCACCCUACAGGUGGGGCUCCAGGGA